CAUCAGUCUUUAGUCUUCUUCCCGGCUCUUCACCGCUCUCUUAUCAUAUUCAGAAGUUUCCGAUAAAAUGAGCACGAAGAAUCCUCUGGUUUUUUUAGAUGUGUGUAUUGAUGGUGAUCCUGUUGAAAGAAUGAUAUUUGAGCUUUAUUAUGACACGGCUCCGAAGACUGCAGAAAACUUUCAUGCCUUAUGUACUGGGGAGAAAGGUAUUGGUAAGAAGAGUGGAAAGCCUCUACACUACAAGGGUUCCUUUUUCCAUCGAAUAGUUAAGGGAUCAAUGACACAGGGUGGAGAUUUUGUUAUGAGAGAUGGUAGCUUUGGAGAAAGCAUUUAUGGAGAGAAAUUUCCAGAUGAGUCUCCCAAGCACAAGCAUGAUAGCCGUGGUCUUCUGUCAAUGGCAAUUGCUGAUCGGAAUUCAAGAGGUUCUUUGUUUUCCAUAACUUUCAAAGCUGAUCAUCAUCUAGACAGGAAGAAUAUAGUCUUUGGGAAACUGGUAGAAGGCGAUGACAUUCUCCAGAAGAUUGAAAAUUCAGGUGAUGAAGAAGGUAGACCUGCAGUUAUAGUGAAGAUCAUAAAUAGUGGUGAAUUACUUGUGGAUAAAAUGCAAGGGAAAAUAUUAAAAGUGGGAAAAGAUGGACUGUCUGAAGGCAUCACCCAUGAGAUACGUCGGAAUGGAAAGCAUAAGAAAUCUUCAAGAGAUAAGAGGAAGAAGAGAAAAUAUUCUAGUUCUGAAUCAGAUAGUACCUCAGACAGUGAGUCUGACUCAUCAGAGUCUGACAGUGACUCUGACACUUCCUCUUUGUCUGAAAGUGAUUCAAGUACUUCAAGUGAUGAAAGGUAUAAAAAGAGAAAGAGGUCCUUAAAGCGUCGCAAGCAUAGAAAUGCAAAAAAGAGGGAAAAACGACGUGAUAAAAAGCGGAAGAAGCUAGGAAAGAGAUCAAAACGGAAAUCCAAAAGGGCAUCAAGGAGUUAUACUGAUUCCGAGAGCAGUUCAGAAGACAACAUUGUGGAGGAGAAACAAAAAAAUGGGGCUCAGAAAAGUGAAAGCAAAGGAUCCCCAUUUUCUGAAGGAUUGGCUGUUACUGCUACUGAUCACAAGACACUAGAGGAUGCUGUGAUGUUUGAAAGAGAAGAUAAUGAAUAUCCCAAGGAAAAUGGAGAUCAACUAAGAAACAGUGUUGAACUUGUCCCAAAGUUAGAUAGGCCUGAUAUAGUCGAUGAUCACCCUGGAAAAUCGAGGAGUCGAAGCUUCAGUCCCAAGAGAAGUGAAAGCAAGAGCACAAGUAUUAGCUCCAAAAAAAGUUUGAGUAGAAGCUCGAAAAGUGUUAGCAGAAGUCCUAGUAGAAGCCCUAUAAGGAGUCCAGUGAGGGUAACUAAUGGAAAAGGCAUCAGCAGGAGCCCAGUAAUAUCACGAUCACGAUCCAAAUCACGAUCGAGAAGUGUUAGUCGGAGCCCAACUGGUUCCCCGGCUCAAAGAAGCAUGAGCCUAACUCCACCGAGGACAUCUUCAAGGUCAAGAAAGGCUGUUAGUAGAAGCCCUGUUAGAUCUUCACGAAGAAGUGGGAGUAGUAGAAGCUCUGGUAGAGCAGCAUCUAGGAGAAGAAGUCUGAGCCGAAGUCCAGUAAGAGUACAUUCGAGGUAUAACCGUCGCAGCUAUUCUAGGAGCUCUUCAAGGAGCCGUACUCCAGAUGGGUCAUCUAAGCGCGUUAGAAGAGGGAGGGGUCUUAGUGAUCGGUUUUCUUAUGCACGGAAAUACAGAACACCUUCUCCUCCUGACCGAUCUCGUUAUGGAAGAUAUCAGAGUUACAGGAGACAAAGGAGCCCUCCCAGAGGUAGAGCUUCAUCAAGAAACAGGAACAGAAUGAACAGGUCUCGAAGUCCUGUAUCAAGAAGCCCAAUCCGAUACCGCAACAGGCGUUAUAAUAAUAGUCGUAGUCGGUCUCCAAUAGAAACUUCUAGAAUUCGAGAUUCCCCUCCUCGUACCAAGAAACAUCAGCGAAGAAGCCCGUCCACAUCGAUAUCGCGUUCCCCACCAGUCCGUCGCCGCCGCCGUUCCUCCAGUAAAGAAAGGUCAAGGUCAUUAUCUGAAAGCCCUCCUCCUCUUCCGGCUGCGAAGAAGAAAGGUCUGGUUUCUUACGAAGAAGGAUCUCCAGAUUCCGGAAAGAGAUUAGGAGGCUAAAAAUGGUUGGCAAAUACUUAUUCUUAUGGUUCUAGGGAUUAAAAUUAAAAUUGAAUUUACUUAGGAACCCCUCCCUCCCCACAUAUACUGCUGCUUUUCAAGAUUUCUACAUGUUUUUUUUUUUUGUCUUUUUUGUUUCUGUUACGUUGUUAUAUUUAUUCAAAUUUCUCAUUUAACUU